CCACUCUCUUGGGAGCCCCAAAAAAUUUAAAGGAAAAAACAAAACUGGAUAUACAUUUCCAAAAUAUAAUUUAAAAAACAAAUAAAAUAAAACCUACAUACAGCAACAGUGUUUUGUGUUGUGUAGGCUCCUAUGAUGUAAGUAAUGGGCUCUGCCUGCUAGCCUGCUCCCUAAAAUAUCACUGGUAUUAGAUACCUAUUAAAAGGUAAAGGCAACCCUGACCGUUAGGUCCAGUCGCGAACGACUCUCGGGUUGCGCACUCAUCUUGUUCUAUAGGCCGAGGGAGCCGGUGUUUGUCCGCAGACAGCUUCCGGGUCAUGUGGCCUGCAUGACUAAGCCGCUUCUGGCGAACCAGAGCAGCGCACAGAAACGCCAUUUACCUUCCCACCGGAGCGGUACCUAUUUAUCUACUUGCACUUGACAUGCUUUUGAACUGCUAAGUGGGCAGGAGCUGGGACUGAACGGGAGCUCACCCUGUCGCGGGGAUUCGAACCGCCAACCUUCUGAUUGGCAAGCCCUAGGCUCUGUGGUUUAAACCAGAGCGCCAUCCGCAUCCCUAGAUACCUAUUAGGUCCAUAAAUUACCAUAUAGCAUACCGGUAUAUUCAACACACAAAAACAGCAACAAUUUGUUGUUGACAAAGGACAGCCCCAUUGCCUUCAGUAGCUUAGGGCCUCAUCAAACCAAAAUCCGGCCCUGGGGAAAUAAAUGUGAAUCCUUCACUCUGACCAAUUGUGUCACAGAUAGCUCGGUUCUGCUCCCCCUUCCAAAAAAUAAUACCUGGCUACGCCCGUGAAGGGAGGCAAGACAAUUUGCGGGGCCGCUGGAGAGGUGAACCCCUCCCCCAGCUUCCCCUUUGGCCUUGAAUGGGAGAAACUUCCACUGUCAUCCACUGCAUCUUAAGGAUAGUCAAUGAACAUUGGACGUUUUUGAGAAGCAAACCAUGGCUGCCCUACAAGUGGGGUAGUGGGGGGUGCCUACCUCAGGCAGCCAGUGUUGGCUGCUAUUGAGGGCAGUGAGAAGACCCGACAAGUGUUUAACAAGGAAUAGCAGUGAUGGGUAGAACACAAAAGUGAAUAAUAUCACUGUACUCAAACCUUAGUUUCAACUGCUAUUUCCUUACCUGGGCAGGGUCAUUGUUUAAAACUGCCAUUUUCCUUUGUGCCCCUCCAUCCCUGCUUUAUUCAAACAUCUGUCAUCUUUAAAACUGCUAUUUUCCUAUCAGUUCUCUCCAUCUCUACUUCACUUUAACUUCUGCUGUUGUUUUAAACCACUGGUUUUCCCAUGCCAGGUCAUUCAUUGGUGGGUGUACUCCACCUACCCCACUCUGAUUUCAUGCAAAUCCAGGAUUGUGCUAAGGCAAUACAAAUCCACCAAUGAGGGCUGUGUCAUAUGUCUUUUUUAUAUGUAAAGGAAGACAUUGUUUGAGAGCUCAGUGGGAAAGGUAUUGAAAGAAAGACUCGUAAUCUGAAUUUUGACUAAACUGAAAAUGUGACAUUGUUGCAUUUACUGUAUAACAAAAAUAAUUAAUAGCUGUGUGUGAUACUUUUGUAUUUUGCAGACAUUUGAUCUCGCCUUAGCUAAAAUAGCCAGAGAAUGGGGAAAGAAAUGCAUAUUUGAACAUAACCCAAUUAAUAAUAUUCAUCCUGAUCAUGCAUUUAGGCCGUUUGGAGAAACUAUGUACAGGGCACCUGCCAAAAGUAAAUCAUUUGAUCCUGCUAUUCCUAUUUCAGUAUUUCAUGCUCAAGUAUUAUACUACAACUACAGCAGCAACACAUGUGAAAUGCUAUGUAAACAUUAUCUUCAGAUUGUUUCGGCUAAUACUUAUAAAGUUGGCUGUGCUGUCAUCUUCUGUCGUAAAUCACAAGAUGGAAGGAGGAGAAGUGUGACAUUUGUGUGCAAUUAUGGCCCAUCGAUGAAAGUUGGAGUUCGACCAUAUAAACCAGGAACGUCAUGUAGUAACUGCCCAGAAGGCGACAAGUGUCACAACAGACUCUGUAGAAAUCCUAAACGUGAUGAAGUAAACAACCGCUAUUCACAAUGGAAUCCAUCCAAUGAAUUCGAGUUUAGAUGUGAUGACUUCUGCAUCGCUGUUGUACUUUUAAGGCUAUUAUUAAUGUUUGUAGCAUUUGCAGCUGUUUACGUCUUAAAACUCCGUUAUCCAGAUUUAGUUUUUAAUACUAGGGUAGGUUACUGAGCAUAUUUACAUGAAUGAUAAAGAUAUUCCUGCAUUUUAUAUUAAAGUAGAUUUGCUUUGUUGCAUUGUUUCACGUUAUUUUGUGUUUUCUCAAAUUGUAUAAAUUUACCUGUUACAUAUUAAGUAUUUUUAAACUGGAAAGAUAAAUUUAAAGUAAAAUAUAUGGUUAUCUUGAAUAUUUUGUACAAAUAAAAAUUAAGCGUAUUAAAUUGGUUGGCAUCUGUUUGUCUCAGGAGACAAUGGAGGAGUGCGCCUUUGGGGGUGAGGUCAAGCUGCUGGAAGGUUGCAUCGCCUGCUGUGGCUGUAGAGACCUAUACAGGAAAGACAAAUUUUGUUGCAGCUGGGGCAAAUUAAGGCGUUCAGUUGUGCUGCUGCAGAUGCACAUACAGUACAUUAAAGAUAAGAUAAAUACUUUAUUGUCCACCCCGUCCACUCACUCUUACCUCCAGUUCUAUUCAAUAUGUACACUAUGUGAGGGAGUAUUCUGUGGUGGCUCCCCAUCUUUGGAAUGUUGUCUCCAAGGAAGCCUGCCUGGAAACUGCAUUACUACGGUACCAUUUCAGCAACAGGGAAAAUAUUUGUUUUCCCAGGCUUUCAAAAACUGCUAGUAUCAACAUUUUAACUUAAAAGAGUUUGAUUUUACUAUUUAAAUGGGCUGUAGCUGCUUUAGUUGUUUUAUCUUUAUUAUUACCAGUUGUUAACUUGAAGGUUUUUUUAAAUAGUUUUUUAGUAGCCUACUGUUCGCAACUCUGGGGCCAUGAAUUUAUGUUGAAAGUGCAUGAUAUAAAUUAUGUAAAAAAAAUAUUCUGUAUAUAAUAUCCAUAAAAAGAUGUAAACUCCUUCCACUUAGAUAUCCUUAUAACAGCACACUUUUGGAUGUAUAUUGAGGUAGAUCAAAAAUGCUUUCUCUCUUUUAGGAACGUCUCUUUUCAAAGUCUAGUUUUAAACUUUUAAUUUAUUUGAAUGUGUUUUUCUUGGGGAGGAGUGGAGAGAGAAGAGCAUUGGCUAUCUUCUAGUCCAGGGUUUCCCAAAUGUGGGUCCCCAGCUGCUGUUGG